AUGAGCUCUUCCGUCAAAACCCCGCCGACAUGGGAAACAGAUAUGCCUUAUGACGCUUGGAAAAACGAGGUUGACAUUUGGAAGCGUCUAACAGAUCUACCUGCAAAGAAGUUGGGUUUGGCUGUGGCACUAUCCCUCAGUGGCCGACGUCGCGAAGUUGCUAUGGAAGUGGGCGGUGAAACCUUAGAGAGUGAGAACGGUUUGAAAGAUUUAUUGGAAAAACUGGACAGUAUAUUUGGCAAAGAAACAGUUGACCAAUCUUACGAGAUGUACACUGCUUUUGAAUCUAUCUCAAGGUCCUCGGCUAGCGUUAUUGAGCAUAUCGCUGACUUUGAGAGAGCAUACACGAAAAUGAAGCGGUUCAAAAUGGAAUUACCAGAUUCUAUUUUAGCGUGCAAGUUGCUCCAUUCCUGUAAUUUAACCUCCAAUGAACGCCAACUGGUUCUCUCCGCGUCGAAUGAGCUGAAUUUUGACACUAUGAAAAAGUCACUGCGACGAAUUUUCUCAGGAAGUUCCUCCUCCACCUCGGGAGUGCAGCUAAAAGACGAACCAGCUUUCGUGGCGAACGAGGAACUAAACGAAGAAUCUGCGUUGAUAUCUGAUCGGUUUCAGAGACGCGGUCGUUUUCGAGGUCGAGGACAGGCCAGUUACAGUUUUUUGAGAGGCGUACAGAAAAAAGGUAGAAAUCCUGUUGACAAAGAAGGUAGAGUUACCACCUGCACAGAGUGUGGUUCCAGAAAUCACUGGUUCAGAAACUGCCCGGACAGAGAUUCCGGAAAGAGUGUUGAUUCAAUGCCCGCAAUAGCCUCCAGUACCGUUCCUUCAAGCUGCGACUCAGGUACAGACACGCAAGUAUACCUCACGUUUGCAAGUAACUGCGGGAAGUUGCUGAGAGAAUGCUAUGAGUCAGCAAUUCUGGACUCCGGCUGUACAACAACAGUCGCGGGAGAUCAGUGGGUCAAACAGUACGUAUCUAAACUUUCGAAGACGCAAUCAGACACUGUUGUGUACAACAAGACUGGUUGUCGCAUUGUUUUUGGAGAUGGAGCAUGUCAAAACGCUAAAUACAAAGCCUUUUUGCCAGCUAAAUUUGGCUCACUUUCUUGUUUUGUGAGUUGUGAUGUCAUUGACGGUGAGUUGCCUUUACUGCUGAGUGUCAAAUCGAUGGAAUCUGCCAAGUUCGUGCUCAAUUUUGAUGGCAAGUUUGUUGCUAUACAAGAAUCUGACGAAAAGCUAGACCUCAAGAGGACGUCAACCGGCCAUCUUCUUCUGAACAUUCAUCCUGGUUAUGAAGAUGUUUGUUUGGCAGUGUUUGCGCAGUCAGAUUUUAAGAAAAUGCACCGCCAGUUUGGACAUUGCUCCGCAAAACGGCUCGAGCAACUACUCAAGCAGAGUGGCUACAAAAGCGCAACUUUGCAGUCUGAUGUGGAAAGUGUAGUUGAUGAAUGCGAAACUUGCAAGAAGUUUGGCCGUGCUAAACCAAAACCUUCGGUUUCCUUGCCUCUUGCAGUGAAGUUCAACCAGGUGGUUUCUAUGGAUUUGCACAAAUUGAGCGAGCUCGGGCCUAAUACGCAUUAUUUGCAUCUUAUAGAUCUUUUUACGCGUUUCAGCGUUGCCUGUAUAAUCCACAACAAACUUCCUGAGACCAUCAUAAGUGCGGUUUUGAGAAAUUGGUGCCUUGUAUUUGGACCACCAGGAACAUUUAUGAGUGAUCGAGGAGGUGAAUUCAACAACGAGAGGUUUCUGUCUAUGACUGAGUGCUAUAACAUCAGGGUUAUUUCGAGUGCAUCGUACAGCCCUUGGUCUAACGGGGUUGUUGAGAGGCAUAAUGCGAUUGUUACUGAAGCUUUCUGGAAAACAAGGUCAUCUGGUGAGAGCACAGACGAUAAUUUAUGUCUCCAGUUUGCCGUACAUGCCAAGAAUUGUCUGUCUAACGCGUCAGGUUUCACUCCUUUUCAGCUGGUUUUCGGGUCCUCCCCAAACUUGCCGAAUGUAAUUGAGGAUAGAGAUCCAGCUCUAGAAUGCGUGACGACCUCAGAGUACGCACGUGAACAUCUGAACCUGCUCCACAAAUCUCGACAAGCCUACAUAGAGUGCGAGUCCUCUAACCGUAUCAAAAGAGCAUUGAGAACAAAUGUUCGUAGCAGCGAAGAAGUCCAACCGUCUGAUCAAGUGUUUUACAAAAGAUCUGAAAACCAAUGGAGAGGCCCAGCCACAGUUGUGAACCGGCUAGGAUCCGAGAUUGUUGUGAAACAUGGCGGUCAGUUGAUCAGUGUCCAUCCAACUCGCGUCCGGAAGUGUCAGUCGGACAGUAUAGAAACGCUGACCACAGCGGCGCAUCCCGAGAACAGAACAGAAAUUCCGUUAGUCAUUGGUUCAGAAAGUACCAAAGUAGACACCAGAACUUGCCCAUCAACUGCAGUGGAGAGUGAUGAAGAAGAAUAUAAUGUCGCUGAAGACCGGAUUCCACCAGAGGAAAGCGUUGAACAAGUAAAUAAUCACGCUCAAAACGGUAUGAAGAAGCAGUUUCAGACGCAAGAAAGAGAAGACUAUCCGAAAGUGCGUGAUUUCGUGAAGUUCGUACCCAGAUGUGACCCAGAGAAGUCAUACGAAGGUCUAGUAAUCAGUCGCGCUGGAAAAGCAACUGGGAAGUACAAAGGAUGCUUCAAUGUUGAAUUUACAGCUCCAGACAAUGUUGCUGGUAUGACCGGUAACAUAGAUUUCACAAAAGACAUGGUGACUUGGGAGAAACUUGAUGAAUGCCAUGCGUUAAUCGCAGGACACCAACCCGAUCAAUUUGUUGCUGAAAAGCAGAUUGAGCUCGAAAACUGGAUUAAACGCUCAGUUUACACGGAAGUUCAUGAUGUUGGACAGUACUUCAUUGAUUUACGCUGGGUUUGCUCUCAGAAGACAACUGGUGCCAAGAAAGCACGUUUGGUAGCCAAAGGUUUUCAAGAUAUGGAUUUGGAAACCCUCGUGAAAGAUUCUCCUACAUGUGCCCGGGAAGCGUUCCGGCUUGUACUGACUGUCUCUGCAUCGAAGAAUUGGCCAGUUGGAGUUUUGGAUAUAAGCACUGCCUUUUUGCAGGGAUCUGAGUUGAAGCGGGAAGUAUAUGUUAAACCACCUCCAGAAGCCGAAUCAAAGUGUCUGUGGAAGUUGCAUAAACCAGUGUAUGGCUUAGCAGACGCCUCCAGACUCUGGUACGAUCGUGUUCGCAAAGAACUAUUAUCCUUGUCAUGUCAAGUUUCUCAGUUCGACUCCUGUUUGUUCAUCUGGCGAGAUCCGCAAAAUAACGUCAGCGGUGUUCUGUGCGUCCACGUAGACGAUUUUGCGUAUUCAGGCACUGUUGGGUUCAAAAAUGAAGUUAUAGACAACAUUUCUAUGAUUUUCGAUGUUGGAAAGCAGUCAGAUCUGCCAUGCAGCUACCUAGGCGUCCAACUAGACAGAGAAGAACGUGGCAUUUUGAUCCAACAACAGAAGUACAUCCAAGCUAUCGAGGAGAUAGAUGUUCCAUCUGAUGCGACUCGAACAGAAUUUUUGUCUAGAAAAGGCGUGAGAGACCUGAGGAAACUUCUAGGCAAGCUGAACUGGGUGUCGUCUAACACACGACCGGAUAUAUCGUUCGAAGUUAGCCUCCUUAUCAGCAAACUGCCAGCCAGUACAGUAGAGCAAGUCCUGGCAGCGAACAAAGUAGUCCGCAAGCUCAAAUACGACAAUUACGGAACGUGCAUGACAUCUCUUGGAGACGACAUUGAGUCCUGGAGAAUCAUUGUUUUCACAGACGCAUCACUGAACAACUUGGCGGGAGGAGCAACCCAAGGAGGCUACUUGGUCUUCUUGGCGAAUACCAAAAACUCCAGAUGCUCGCUCAUUUCUUAUCGCUCGCAGAAAAUAAAACGCGUCGUUCGGAGUACACUCGCAGCCGAAGCACUGGCUUGCUCGGAUGGUGUAGAUGCUGCUUAUUUAAUGCAAAAGAUGCUGCACGAAAUAGUCGGAAAAAUUGUCCCUAUUGAUGUAUAUACUGACAACCGAUCCCUGGUUGAUGCGACGUAUUCGACAAAAGCCGUCGCAGACCGUCGUCUGCGUGUUGAGAUCGGCCAUCUGCGAGAUUUGACUUCAGACACAUCAAUAAGUCUCAGAUGGAUAUCAACCAACCAACAGGUCGCUGAUUGUCUGACCAAAGAUAGUCGCGUAUCACGCACUACGCUGAUUCGCUGUAUACAACACUCUUCAAUUGACUUCAUUCAAUAG